UCCGGUCUAGAGAGUAACAACAUUUACAGACAGAGCAGUGAAGGCUUUCCCCUACCUGGAGAGUGUCUGUGUUUUUACCGUUUUGGUCGGAACAUUAUGUGAGUGUUCACAUUGGCGGUACCGACCGGUUCUACCAGUUGGAGGAUUUUAAUAAAAGCUCCGCGACGUGUUCAGCCUCGUUGGUCGAGAAGAGACGCCGGCGCUCUUGAAGGACGCGGUUCAGGUAAACCUAAUUAUGUCUAGGCCACACUCCAGAUCACCUGGUUAUCCACGCAGGCCCUCGUCCCUGUACAGGAGAAGCCCGGGUCGUGGUGAGGGGAGGGGUGACCUGAGUGAGUACCCGAAAGAUGGGUUUGCAGAGUUUAAGCAGCACCAAGGGAGGAGGGAUCAGUGGGCGAACCCGAGAGGCCGAGGAUUUGGGCAGAUGGGCGCUGGAGCGUCUUACAGGGGGCACAGGAGGCAGUACGGAGACGGCCCCCCCGUGAUGGGCAUCAGACAAGCAGAGCCGGAUGCUGGUGGACGACCUGUGGCCCUGAAAAGAUCACGCUCCCCUCGACCGCAGCGGGGAUCCCCUGCUUGUCAAUGGCGCUCUCCUCUCCGGGAAUACCCUGACCACCGGGGGCGCUCUCCUCUCCGGCAGUUCCCCGACCAGCGGCAUCAUUCUCCUCUCCGGCAGUACCCCGACCACCGGCAUCAUUCUCCUCUCCGGCAGUACCCCGACCACCGGGGGCGCUCUCCUCUCCGGCAGUACCCAAACCACCGGGGACACUCGCAAUUUCAUGCCCCUAACAUUAACAAAAGACCGGGACCUCAGAAUGAAUAUCGGCGAUUCGCGGGGGAAAGAAGAGUUCCGUCUCCAAGGCGCUUCCAUGGGCAUUCCGAUGGAAGAAGAUCUCCUCCUCUGGAAGCUGUCUCCAGAUCUGGACCUAGUGGACCCGCGUGGGAAGUGGACCCAUGCCAACCAAUACCGCCCGCAGUGCACAGGAGGUGGCACUACCAGGACAGUGCCCCAGGAGUGGUCGGGAGCCACAGCCCCAGACAUGACCGCAAGAGGCCCAGAGUGAGAUCCUCUGAUCGCUCUCCACAGGCGGACAAGUGGACGGAAAGGAUGCACCCUGGUCAUUUUGGAUCACAAGAUAGGAAGCUCUCGGUUUCUCCGCAGAGAGAUCCGCAGGAAUUUCACGGAAGGAGCUCUUAUGCCGAGAGGUGUCGCGAGGAGCCGAGGUACAAGGAGCGCGGGCUCUCGGCAGACAUAGAGGCGCGGAGGUCUGAAAAACGGGAGCGUCGCAGGAGCCUCGACCGGCCGCCUUUUGCAGCAGAGGCUUCUGGAGGCCAAGCGCGUGGCGGAAGAGGUGGGAGUGACGGCAGCAGACGGAGCCGGCAAGAGCCCUGCGAGGCGGAAGAUGACAUGCGGCGUAAAAAGGAGUACGGUCACCAGUAUCCCCAAGACGUGCCAGGAGAAAGACGCCACAAGCCCAGGAAUUACGAGAACAGAGACAAGGGCAUUUUUGGGGCUCCCCCGAAUAGACAGAGCCCCCUUGUCAGGGGGAGGAUGCAGCAGGAUGGAGCAACGCCCCAUUUAAAGCCCAGCAGACCAGCACGCCCUGUCCAUGGCACCAACGGUGACGUGGACCUCAGGCUUCCUGUGGCUGAUCACCCGAGAGGAAAACUGCCUCCUGGGGAGCACUCCGCAGCACGGGGGGAAGUGCCAGAAGAUAGAGGCCGCAGACAAGGAGAAGGUGAAUUUUCGAGGUCUCCGCCAGGCAAUCUCAGGAACCGGCCCAAUGAGACCCUUACCAUCAAAGUGGACAUGUCGCACUCAAUGGCCCAAUCCAGGCUGUCUUCCUACUCAUCUGACAGACAGCUGUCCCUGGAUUUGGUGCACGUGAGGCGGCCGUACCCUGACCUGCCUGUGAAGAGUAACGGGGGCUCCCCUGGACAGCGGCCUGUGGGUUCUGGGGACUUCGCCCAGGAAAUUAUCACUCUGGUGCACCAAGUCAAAGGUUGGCUCUUCACACAUGAACACUUGCAUGAGCAAUCACCAGUAUUCUAUUACUAUCCGAAAUUAAGGGAGAUUAACCCUUCACACCUUAGCGUGCCACCUUCAGGUUACAGGUGUGAUGCACGUGUUCUCUGGAAACAGGGUUCGGUGCAUCUGAAACCUGCAGUGACGUCUCCUUUUUUUCCUUGCUCUCUUACAGAGAGUUACUGCAAGGAUAAAGGAAUCACCCUAAACGACCGCUUUUCCAGUAUUCUGGGCUCUGGAUCGCAAGACGAGGAAUGGCCAAACGAGAGUCUGAGGAUUGACCGACGGAUCGAUUUAUCUCUAUCGGAACUGAAGGUGCAGAAAAUCAACAGGGACAUAAGAAACUUGAAGACCACCUCGCGACAGAUCAUCGACCCCAACGAUCUCCGACAUGACCUGGAACGGCGCAGGCAGGAGAGGCGGCUGGGUUCGGACGAGAGAAGGUUCCCAGCAGGCAGUUUUCCAGAGCACCAGAUGUUCCCUGCCAGGAGGGAUUCUGAUUUCCGAAGGGAAAAUGCAGAAGAGAGACAUUUUCCCCGGUCAGAUCUGGCUGGUAAUUCUAUGCAUGGGCAGACUGGUCCAGCUAUGAACAUCAGGUGGAAGAAGCCUGGAUUUGUCCGAGUGGGCCUGAGCAUCCAGAACAAAUACAGACGUCUUCAAGCUGUACGGCAGAGAAGGGCCAAUCUGUAGAAGCCACAAAGCAUGCUGGGAGCUAAAACAAAUGGGAGGGGAGCUGGGAAGAGAGGAAGAAAUGUUUGGAACCUUCCAGGAUUGAGGAGCAUCUCUAAUGAGUGGCAAAACCCUCUUAUCAGAAAUCUUCACAAACAUUUAAUUUCCUGUCCAAGGAACGGGCAGGAACAUCCGGAGUCAUUCUCCUGGGAGAUUGUUUUUAAGAGACUGAGAUUGAAUGUUGUGUAAUGUGGAGAGAGAUGAAAUGGUGAAACAGAAUGAACGUUUCUUCGUUGUCCUCUUCCAUGCCUUUCACGAUGGCUGCUUUGAGUUCACUGAAUCGUUUGGUUGACCCAUCUUCCUCAUUGGCACGUUUGUGGCAGUGGGGAACCAUGUCAGUACACAGGUUUGAUGAAACAGCCGUGUUACUGAAGCUGAGUCCCCCUGGAGUUGGUUAAGAAAGGGCUGGAUGAGAUUCUCAUAUCUAAAACUAUUAAACUACUAACAAAUGAGUGAAAGAGUUGCUGAAGGGCACCUUCUCAUUUGCUGCCUGUUGUGUUUCUUAUGUGCUGCUCAGUUCACUGGUUAGUUGUCACUUCUAGGCCUGUAGGGUAAAUGAGAAGUAGACGCAGCUGUCUGUUCCUGACCCAGCAAGAGGAGCUGUCUUUCACCACGUGUCAGGACUCCGGAUAUCAGCGCUUUCAGAACGCAGACACGUACCAUUGUGACUUCUAACAAACCCCUUAUGUUUAGAAUUGUUUCCAAUGCAAAAAUAUUUUUUUCCUUCUUGUAACAUUUUAAUUAAACGGACGUUAGUGGAAAUUUGAAUUGCUUUGUUGAGUUGAAUGCAGUUUCCCCACUCAUUUUGUUUUUGUACAGGCAGUUUAUAGAACGAGAAGUGGUUUCUCCUGGUUCGCCUGGUCUUCUCAGAGCUUGCUUGCCGUUUGAAUGUCGGACGUUUUGAUCUUGAAUUAGGUUGGGUCAUAAAAACGUUCCCCUGUCCA